AUGCUGCUGAAAACCAUAAUCCUUUCAUUACUGGUAUCCCUUGUGCUUUCGGACGGUUCAUUUGAAAGAGACCGGUCAAUAAGUUCACGUACCGGCUCAGUAGCGUCUCAGAAAGACAGUGCUGACUUUGAUCGAAAGAGUGUCAGCUCUGACUCCAGCUUCUUUUCACGGAAAUCAAGCAAGAGCUCUGAUGACUCGUCAAUUACUGUUACUGGUAAGGAUAUUCUAGCUUUACCCCUGUCCUUAUACAUGAGCCUUAGCUCAAAGCCCUAACCCAAAGCCUUAGCCCAGAGCCCUAAUCCAGAGCCAUAGCCUAGAACCCUAGCCCAGAACCCUAGCCCAGAGCCCUAGCUCAAAAAAUUCCAGCCGUAGCUCCAAAGCUAACCUCAACAUUGCGCUAGCCCUUGUUGUAGUCCCAGCCUUCGCUCAAAAAACCCUAAUCCCAGCCCUCGCUUAAGCUUAUCUCUAACUCUAACCUCACCUUAACUUCUGUUAUUUUUCAGAAUCCACCCCCACCCGCCCAUCAUUCGGCGAUUUCGUCCCAACGUGUCGCCAGCUUACCGAAUGCACCACAGAUACUCAAUGCGGCCGUAACGGCCGUUGUUUUGGUGUAUAUGUUGGUACGUGUAACUGUGACGCAUGUGAAGAUAACCAAAAGUGUCAAUUCGACUAUCAGUGUGGCGGACUAAAGGGUGGCUGUGAUUGGGAGAAAGGAACGUGCAAUUGUUUGGCUGGACUGAGAAAAAAUGGAUUUGAGAAUUUUAAUCGAGCUAGAGAAGACUUUUGCAACAUCAAAAAAUGCUCGGAACAAGGUCAAGAUUGUCAUGGAUUGCCUUGUCGCAAAGGGAAGUGCAUGUGUGGAUAG